UGUUUCAACAGGCCUCUCUUGCCCUCCGCUUGAUCCACGUGCGGGAGGAGCCUUCGCACUUGGCGGCCAACCGCGUCAUCGCCCAUCGCCCAUCACACAAGCGUGCAUGCUGAAUCGCUGACGUGACUUCCACAUUGCAGCCGUCCAGGAACAGCAGUCGCGUAUCUGGCCCUCAAUCCGCCGUCGCCCAUUGCUUUCCUCACGGCGCCGCUAUCAUGGUGCAGCCUCCGUCGCUGGCAGCUCUCCACGAGCUCAAGACGGCGACACAUGGCUCGACCGACCAGCAAUUGCGGCUGUUGCGCACCAUCAAGAACGACAUAGUCGGUCACGGCCAGCGCAAGAGGCUUGUCGUCCGUCACGGCCUGCUUGACUGCCUGGCCCACAUUCUAGCCUCUUCCCCGGAUCCCGACGUCCAGAUACAGACAACCUUGAUCGUCGCAAGUCUCGCCGACGAGGGCGCUGCCUUUGUCCCUCCCAUCCUCUACAGCAACCUCGUACACCCGCUGUUGAUACUGCUCCCUCCGACUCACUCUCCCGCAAGACUGGUCACCGCCUCUCUUCGCGCCAUCAAUGCUCUCGCUACCUCGUGGACUCUCUCGCCCCGCCCCGACCCGCAAUUCAUCCAUCAUGUCUUCACCAAGCGUACCAUCGCUUCAUUCCUCGACAUUCUGCGUCAGCCUCUACCAACCUCAAGUCAACAGCUCCACAUCGCCCUGACUUCAAACCUACUGGCGACAUGCUGUGCCCAGAGCAGCCAACUGCCUUCUGUCAUGCUUGAUCAUGGCAUUCUGGAUGCGCUUGCUUCAACCCUUGCCAGCUUUGCUCUUCUUUACAACAAACAUCCCGCAUCAAGCCACACCGACCUCGACGUCACUGCUCUUCUCAAUGCCAUAUCCAAUCUUGUGCACGACUCGCCUUACAGAGCCCACCGCCUCAUCUUCUCCAAUGAUUUGAAGCGCAUCUUUGAGCAUUCGCCAGAUGUUACAUCCUCGGAUCCCCUUAUAACUCCCGACUAUAACCAGCACCAACCUCGAACGUCCACUAACGUUGUUCCUGUUGACUCGCUCCUUCCAAAAGUCAUGGUUCCUCUCCAAAAGUCUCUUUCAUUCGGCCACCAUGCUUUAAUUAACUCUAGACUCUUCUCGGACCAGUCAGCCGCAAAUGUCUCCGUGAACUCACCCAUCUGCGUCUGGCUCAUGUAUUUUGUUCGUUCUCAGCCCGACCCUAUCUGUCGCUUAGCUGCUCUCCGCCUCCUGGCCAUCCUCAACAAUGCUCUUGAUGCAGAUGUUGUUGCCCCUCGCUCUGACGUACUUGCCCGAUCGAGAGAAAGGGAAAGACAGAUGGCACUUUUCGCCGUCCCAAUCGCUGUGAAGCUUGUUCAGGAUGCUCUAGAUACUCCUUUUGGCCAGGAAUCCGCAGUCGUCAAGGAGGAUGCUUGCGCCGUCCUGGCUCAACUCAUCGAAAACAGCACAGAGCUUCAGCAAGCUGCUCUGGAUGCUGGCGCCGUUAAACAUGUCUCGCAGCUUUUUCGAAAGUCUUUCGAUCCCAUCACGCUCGCCAGACCAAUGUGGUCGGCCAAUCCUCAGGCUGACUCGCAUAUACCUCCGAUACCAUCCACUAGUCUCGGACAUGACGGUCUUGCUCCCGAAGUCAUGCAUGCCAUGAAAUGUAGAGCAGGUGCAUUAGAAGCCCUCGCUGCAAUCGCAGAAAAAGAGGAUGCCAACCGCAAAGCAGUCAUCGAUAGUGGCAUAAUCUCUAACCUGAUCGAAUCGCUUGCACCUAUGCGCGACUCUGAUCCAUCGCUACUUGCUUCCAAGGUAGGAAACACAGUCCCCGUAUUGCUUGCGGCUUGUCGUGCUGCUACAGCAUUGUCGAGAUCCGUCAGCCUUCUGCGUACAGCUCUCAUCGAUGCUGGAAUUACCAAGCCUAUAUACUACCUCUUGGCUACCACGAACGUCGAGGUUCAGAUCGCUGCCACCAACGUCAUCUGUAAUCUUGUCCUCGAGUUCAGUCCUAUGCGUCAGGAUCUUGUUGCUGCUGGAGUCGUUACAGCGUUAUGCGAUCAAGCGAAACGGUCGAAUUCCAAGCUGCGUCAAGCCUCGCUCUGGGCCCUGAAACAUCUCGUCCUCAACUCCCCAAAGGACAUGAAGACCGAAUGCCUCGAACAGCUAGGAACUGGUUGGCUCGUUCAGGCAGUGAAUGGAACAUCUCAGCCUAGCACUUCCGUACCACUUGGAACCAUUAAUGCUGCAGGCGAACAAGUCGAUCUUCUGAAUGCAUCAGACGCAUCUGGUAUGGAUGUAGACGAAUGGACUGAGCAAGAUGACGAGGACGAAGACGGCGAAGUCAUGAUGGAUCAUAACGGUACACGCUAUCAAUCUAGCGGACUCAGAUCGACGUUGGACACAAUUAAUUAUAAGGCGCGCCUUCGAUCGCUUCGCAAGAACGAACACGACCCCUCGAUACAAGCAAAACACGACGACAUGCUGGUACAAGAGCAAGCGCUGGAUUUUAUCCGGAAUCUUAUCAAUGGUGAUGACAACGUCGCCAUGAUAGAGCAUUUGAACAGUGUCUUGGGCGUAGAUCGACUGUUCCAGAUGCUUCACAACAAAUUACGACCGAUAUCCUUCCAACCUCAAACACCCCUGGACUCUCAUAGGUCCCAAGACUAUCCAGCCCAGUCCCAGCAGUCAAACACCGUAUGGCAACCUCCGGAGCUGAUCAACGCUGCCCUAGGCGUCAUCAUACAUGUGGCUGGAGGAUCUUCCAAACAUCGUCAGCAGCUGAUAGCGCAAACUCCACUUCUUACUGCCUGGCUGCCGCAUUUCACACAUACAGACCGUCGCAUUCGUGUAGCAUCUGUUUGGGCCAUCAUCAACUUGACAUGGGUGGAUAGUGCCGCCGACCGAGAGGACGCCAAAGCGAGGGCUCGGACCCUAGCAUCCUUUGGCAUAGAUGAGAAGGUGCGGGCUUUGGCGGAGGAUGUUGACGCCGAUACAAGAGAACGCGUCAAGACGGCCGUGAGGCAGAUUGAUGAGCUUCUAGAAGGAGGUCGAUACCGAUGACUUCUUGACAUGGCCUGAGGGCCCGCACCCACGAGAAACACGAAACAUGCACGUACAUCACGAAUGAACUGUAUCAUACUGUAUGCAUUAGCGAGCGCUAUAGAGCCGGGUGUGACCUGACCUGAUCCAAGCUGCACAAGACAGUUCAUAUGCUUCUUGACAUUGAUUCGGACUAACCAGAGCCGUGAUGCUUCUUGUUGAACUCAUCCACCAUUUUUC